AUGGCGAAGGCUACAGGGCAGGCUGCGUGGGUUCAGUGUCAGAAAUGUGGCCCGCGCUCUUGGACUCCUAUUGCUAGCGGCAAGCAGUGGUGUCAUCUUUGCGGGCUCUACUACAACAAGGGUGAUCAACCUCAACGUGGAGCCAGUCGCCGCAAGGGCGGUGGCAAGAGCGCAGGCGGCGGCAUGGGCGCGGGCGGCGCAGGCGGCGCCGCUGGGCUCUCGCAGCAGCUGCUGGAUGCCAUCGCCAAGCAGGUCACCGCCAUCACAGCGGCCGCCGCCUCAGCCCAGCCGCCAGCAGCAAGCCAGCCUGGCCACGGGAAAGGAUCGCGUGGCACAGGCAAGGGCAAGGACACGGCAGCGCCCCCACCAGAGGCGCCUGCCACCGACGACAAAGACAAGAAGAUCGAGCAGCUCGAACUUCUCGUCAACACCUAUCAGCAGAUGGACGCCACCGUCAUGCCCGAUGUGGCCGCCAAGCUGCAGCAGGCCCGAGCGGACCUGGUGGACGCGCGCGCGGCGCAGGCCGCCAGCCUGCCGCCCGCACAGCGCAUGGCGCGCUGCCACACACGCGUGCAGCGCGCGGCCGAGAAAGUUGAGAAGAUCAAGCACCAGAUAUCAGAGCUGGAGAAGACCAAGCAAGAGCUGCAGGUGCAGCUCGACGCUACCAACCAGUCCAUGGAAGAACAGAAGAAGCGCCUCGAGCGGGCCCAGGAGGACCAGCAGCGCGAGGAGCAGGACGCCAAGUCAGUCUGGGCUGACACUGCCCCCGAUGAAGGACCUGGCCCGCUCGCGGAGUUCACCAAGACCUCCAAGGCCAAGAUCGCUGAGGCCAAGACCAAGUUUGCAGGCAAUGCAGAAAUCCUCAGAUUUAUCAACGACAUGUCCAGCAUGGUGGGGGCCUUGCCUGAGAAGGCAACACCACCGCCCCCGCCAUCUCCAUCGAUUACGGACACCCCGAUGUUCGAUUCAGAAUUCUUCAAAGCCGAGAUGGAAUCCCUUGCCAAGCAUGUGCCCAAGAAGGAGCUCGAAGCCCUGCAGAAGGCCCGUGCGACGAUCCAGGACCAGCAGGCCGCAGCCGCGCGCCAGCUGGACCAGCUUGAGCAUUCGGAGUUCUGCAAUUAUAUCAAGGGUCAGCUCUUCGCACCGGUGUGCUCGAUGGGCACAUGCACAGCCAGUUGUUCAGUCAUAGAUAUGUUCAUUGUCGAGCAGCAGCUAGCGAACGCUGUGCGAGCCAUUGAUGUCGAUUUCGACUGGGAUGCUAGGCCACAUUUCCCUGUUGUGCUGGAUCUGCCACCAGAAUUUGGAGAGGUCAAGGUCCUUCAAUUCCCUACCAUCCCUGCCCUCCCCUCCUCAUUCGACAAGGAUGAAGAGGAUGAGGAUAUUGUUCAUCCCAGCACCGUUUCUUGGAAUAAAGUUUCAGAUCACGUAGGUAGUCUUAUCUCUGCUAUAGGUAACCAUUCCAAGGCAGUCUUGCGCGAAGGCUUCGCCUCGGCCUACGCGCACUGGGCCAACGCCGCCGAGCUCGAGCUAGCGCAGCGGACGGCCAGCAAGGUUCACAAGUCAGGCUUGAGAGCAAGAGCCCCCCAGCCAGUACUCCGAGCAGUCACCAAGAACGAGAAAGCUCACAAGCAGUACGGCCUCUUUCCCACUGCGCCGAGCUGGAUUGCCAUUCGCACGCACCGCCUCGCCAGUUACUUGGAGGAGGAGGAGGAAUGGACUGUGGGGAAGGCGAUCGGCAGAGAGUCUAGGCCGGCAGUAUUCGAUCUAAUUUCCCGCGUAGUGCGUGCCACGCCUAAGCAUGUGAUGCAGCACGAGAGCACGCGCAUACUCCUCACAGAUAUCCAGCAGUAUCUCAAGCCCGUGCACGCAGAUUUCGAGGCCGAAGCUUUUUGUCGCGGCAAGCUAGCCGCCACCGUCGCGCAGCUGUUCACUUUCAAGGCCAGGGCUGACGCGCUUGCUAAGAAGGUCCUCUCAGAUGCGCGAUCAGCCAACGCCAGCUCUUGGAAGGAGUGGGUUGACAAGGCCCUCGACAAGGGGGCCAAGGCCGCACACAAGUUCAUUAAGGAGCGCACCAAAUGGGAGCCCGACACGGUGGUCAUAGAGGGUAAGCUCACGGCCUCCAUACAGAGCACUCUGGACACCUACAAGGCCAAGUUUGGGAACUUUUGGGAGCCCGCCGUUGAGCCUCUCCACAGGGACAACGACCUCCAUGAGCCCAUUGGGAUCCCCUCUGUGGACGCCCUCAGGGACCUCUCUAAGAGUUACUCUAAGUCGUCAGCCGUUUCCCUCGGCGGGUUCCACAUGAGGCACCUCAGUAUGUUAUCCGAUGAGGCCCUCGAGGCCUUCGCCAGACUCAUCUACAUUUCGGAGGACCAUUUCGGCAGGACGGUCAGGCUCACUGACACCUCGCCGAGCCUGCUUGCCGACCUGCUGCACCGAGGAUGUCAGAGGACAGAGCUGCUGCCGCCAGACGUGCUGCAGGCUGCGCUGGAGGCGCCAGAGAAUAGCCCCCUGUACUGCUUCGGUAUCUUCGAGCACCCAGGGGCUGGGGAGCACAUGGGCUUCCUGGUGCUCCAGGAGGCCCUCACGAAACCCUCGAAGACUUGGGUGGACUGCAAAGCGGUCCUAGAUCAGCAUGCUAGGCCACUGCCGACGCGUCUCAGUAGUAAGCUCAAGUAUUCAGGCCUGCACAAGCUUGCGCUUGCGCGGGAUAGCAGAUAUCACCUCGAGACGGCCUCUAAGGUCAAGAGCCAUCAGGAUAUAGAAUCAUUGGCUGGAGAGGCCAGACUUGCGGCGGAGAUCAAUGCAGCAGCAGAUAAGACGGCGAAAGCCGCCGUCGACUGUCACCCCAGCUUUGACCCGACCGCGGUGCAGGAUUUGCAGCGCAAGGUCGAGGCCGCUCGAGCGAUUGCCUUAUAUGCGCCCAGAGUUCUCGCUUUGUGCCAGCGCAACAGGCACAAGAGCGAGAGAGCCGCUUUGCCCUGUAAGGUUCAGGCCUCCAUCGUCGUCCACGACUGGGAGGUUCUGCAGGGGCCGAUACCGUACAGGUGCAGAGCAUGUUUUACGUACGCCCGAUCGUAUAAGGCCGCAGUCGCGCGCGAGAGGCAGGUGUUCCACGACUUCCGCAACGGGGCGUGCAGGUGUCUGGUGUCGUCGGACUUGUUCACGCGCGGCAUCGACAUAGAGUCGGUGAACGUCGUGAUCAAUUCGGGGGGAGGGAGCCUCGAGAUCGCGGCCAUGCGCGGCCCCGAGAGGACGACGGUCGAUUUCCCAUUCUCGUUGCCGCACGACUUGUUUGCUUUUCACUGGCACAAGUGCCUUGCGGAUCGGGACCCCCUCAACUUCGACCCUGAUGACCUGCCCGCCCAAUUCGCUGCCCACGAGUACCCAGCGCGGGACCACAACAACCGACCCUUCCAGUGCGACAGGGAAUUCUGGCGGGGGUUCAACCUGGCACAAGCCCGCGACAAGGAUGUGUACCAAACGCAACUAGAUCGAGCACUCGUUACCGUUCAAGUAGACCGCGAAGCGGCCUUGCGCCGCCUUGUCGCCAAUCUGGAAAUGAACGAGGAGUUGGGCGGCAUGGUGACGACCCGUGCAAUGUCAGAGUUCAGGUUAGGAAAUAAAUUCCGUUUGAUCGAGAACGAGGACGUGCCAGAUAUACAGAGCCUUUCAGAAGUUGUCGCGCCCGCACAGAUCCUUUUUUUCAGCACUAGCAACAAUCAAGGCAUGGACCGCGUUUGCGCCCUGUUCCAGAUCAGGGGCGUGAGCAUCGAGACCCUGUGCGUUGACGGAGUGCGCGUGAUGGACCUGGGGAUAGUUCAGUUUGUGCUUGGGUAUAUGUUCUGGGCUCUGGUGAAGCAUAACUUCAGAAGAAGCACAAAAGGCAGGGCGGCACAGAGGCACCGCGAGUGCCUGAUGCACUUGCGGAGACGGAUUCGAUAUUUCUACCUCCAGACGGGGGCCAACCAGAAGCGAGGGUCCAAGUCAAUGGUCGGCCGAUUAACAUUCAAGAUGUUUUGGCCGACCAAGGUGGGAAGGCCACCGCGCUUAUCAGCGAAGGCGGCCGAGUGCCGCACCUUAGUCCCGCUCUUGCCUUUGCUCCGUCGAGAGAACGUGGCGUUCCUCGGCCCUCGCUCAGCGCACUUUGUGCAAGCGCGUUUCCACCUGGCGGCGGUCUACAGGACCCAGGCCACGGAGGACUUGCCGACUCAAUCGGUCGAGCUCAAGGCUCGAACGAUCCUCGAGUCCGCGUUGCCCCCGCCGCCCGCGCGGGGCCCUUCCUUCCUUGGGGCUCGAUCGAGCCCAGGGCUCCGCCACGGGGCCAUGCUCACCCUCGAGCUCGGCGCGGCGUUCGUGAUUACUCACGCGCAGGUGAACGGCGCCCUCGCGAUAGUGAGCGCCCUCGACCACGCGCAGGUUAACACCCUCACGGUGGCGUUCGUCCUCCCCCACGUGCAGGUUAACAUCCUCGCGAUGGUUUUCGUCUUCCUCCUGAGCGGCCGCCCUGAAAAAAUCAUGGCCGUCCUGAAAGAAUCAUGCGGGCCCGGGUCCGACGGGGAUCGGUGGAAGAUGCACCUGGAGCUCCCGUGCCUCGCGGCCCCGGGGGGCUCGGCCGGCGCAGCGGCGCAGGCCUCGGCCCACGAGGGGCCCACCGCGGCCCUCGAGGUAGCCGAGCAGGAGCCGGGGGCCAGGCGGCCCUGGACCUCGGGGCCCGGCGCGGGCCCCCCUUCGGGCGGGCAGUCCGCGGCGCCGGGGCCCGCCAAGAAGGCGGCGAAGACCUCCUACGCCGACCGCCAGAAGAAGAUCGAGGCGAGCGGCAAGCGCCCGGACGGCCGGCACCUCCGCCACGGGGGGGCUGAGCUGUGCUUUGCAUGGAACCGCAGCGCCGCAGGCUGCUCGUCGCCGUGCUCCGCUACGCCGGCGAGGAAGCACCUGCGCGAGUGGUGCUUGGGCGAGCACCGCGCCGGCGACGACAGCUGCCCGGCGCAGAACAGGCCCAGCGGCGGGCGCCCGGAGCGGCAUGCAGGCAAGGGCGGUAGCAAGGGGCAGGGCGGCAAGCGCCCGCGGGGCGGCUGUAAGGUCGUGCUGUUCGAGAUGGCGGACGGGUCUGCUGCGCUUUCCCUGGAGCUUUCGCGCCGGCUGUCGGGCGCGGCCACCCUCGCCCUGAACAUUACGGAGGUCGUUGAGGAAACCCGAGCUCGUAUCCUGUCUUACCGCCAGGCCGGGUACCUCGUCAUCGUGCGCGCUCGCCCGCCCGGGGCGACGUUUUCGUGCGCCCGGGACAGUGCCGCCCACAACAUCCUGUACACGGUGGUGAACGAGCUGGACAGCGAGGACCUCGUCGAGGGCGCGGGCGACAAGGGCGGCAAGGGCGGCAAGGUCAAGGGCAAGUACUCCGGCAAGGCCGCCAAGGGCUCCAAGAGCGGCGGCAAGGGCGACAAGAGCGGCAAGGGCGGCCACUCCAAGGGCGACCAGGGCAGCCGCGGCCGGCUUCGAUGCAAUCCAGUGGCGCCGCCAAGCCUAUCGGCCCGCUGCCGGGCGGUGGGCGUCGAGGGGGCACACUCGUGCAAGAGCGGGCCUAACGGCAGCGUAACAGAAGGGGCUCCUCGCACCGGCGGCGCCUCCAUGCCGGUCGCUGCUCUGGACGGGGUGGCAGCGGCGUGGAUAGACGACGUGUACAGCGAGGUUUUACAUCGCCUGCAGCCGGCGCCGGCCGGCACCCGCGACGCCGCCACGCUGCGGGUUCGGCCCCAGACACAUGGCCGCGGCGACGAGGUCACUGCAUACGAGGCUCGCGCGCGCGAGGACGCCCAGUGCGCAGCCGGGAUGCGGAACCCAGCCGCGGUGUUGGAUUCUUGGCCACGGUUGCCUGCUGGCCUGGAGGCCGUCCGCAAGGCGCUGGUCACUGCAAGGGCCAGGGGCGGCGAACUCGCUGACCUGGCGGCUGCCUGCGGCCGCGCGCCAACCAGGGCGCCGCCGAGCGACUCAGCCUUGCGUCGUGCCCGGGCCCGGGUCGCUGAUGCAUUGGGCCUGCCGCGGGAGGCGGCCGAGUUAUGCCGCCCCGCUUCGAGGCUGCGCUAUCGCAUCGUGGAGGUGGUUGUCCAGAAAACUCAGGAUCCAGACCGCCCUCUGGCAGAUUGGCUUCGUCACGGAGCGCCAAUGGGGAUCGCCCGCUCCAUUGUGCCAGGGGGUCUCUUCCCUCUGCGGGAGUCCAGGGCGGAGGCAACUAUCGAUGAAGAUGCGUUGGCCCAGGGCUACUGCGGCAACCACGCGUCCUUCUCCGACAAGCACGGGGAGGCCAGCCCUCCCACGCGCAGCCUGAUCCGCGAGUAUCUGGCCAAGGGGUUCGGCACCCGAUUCGGAUCGCGACGGGAGGCUGAGCUUCAGCAUGGUCGCACUUUCCCGGCGCCGCUUGGGAACGUGAGGAAAAGACGUCAAGGCGGAGAGGGGUGGAAGAACCGGGUCAUUCAGGACUUGAAAGCCGCCGGCAUCAACGCCCUCAGUGCUACGCCGGAGCGUACCGUCCUGCCUCGCGGCAUUGAUCAUGCCCGCGAUCUUGUCGCCCUCGAGGACGCGCCAGGCGACCAAGUGGCAGUCCUCGUGUUGGAUUUCUCUGACGCGUUCAUGAUGAUGGCGUUGCACCCCGACGAGCAGAGGUUCAACUGCGCUGAAGUGCGCGACUUGGCGUUAUGUCAGCCAAGCACCACCAGGCUCCAGUUGUAUGUCGACGACCCCGUUAUCGUGACGCGCGGCCGGCCGGAGCAGUGCCAGGAGGAAUUGGACGUGAUCGUGUUAUGGUGGCUCGUGCUCGGUAUCAAUUUGGCAUGGUCCAAAGGCCGCCUGGUUAAGGCGCCCCACGAGCAGUCCAUCGCCCGUCCAAUCGUGCAGCACGACUGGAUUGGCAUGUCCUUCGCUCUCCACGCCGGCGUGGUGAUCAUGGGCCUCACGGCCGAUUUCCUGGUCACUGUGUCCGAAGCCUUGCUGCCUUUCCUCCGCCGCCGGGGGUUCGCCGCGCUGAAAGACGCCCGGGUCCUUUGCGGACGUGCCGCACGCGUCGCGCAGGUAGUGCCAGCAGCUACCCCGUUCGCCAGUGCACUGUGGUCCGCCCUCGGGGGGGCCACCCGGGCCAGCGCCUCCGGGCGGUCAGAGGCCCCCCCUGGGCAAGUGGCCGUCCAGCGCUUCUUCACGGCAGCGGGGUGGUUCAACGCAUUGGCAUCUCUAGAACGGGAGGGUCGCGAGCAAGCACCGCCUGGAGUGCUGUUCCCGCUGCAGCGCCUCGUCCGCAGAGCGACAGAUCUGGAGGUCCUCGGCAGGUCGCGCUACCACAUCGAGUUCGACGCCUCUCCGUGGGGCGGCGGCGCUGUCCUCAUGGAGGGAUUCCAGGCAAUCGAGUACUUUACUGUUACUUGGGAUAAGGACGUACUCACAAUGUUCGAGGCGGUCGCUGGGGACUCGCGGUGGCAGAGCUGCUGGGAGUUUCUCACGCUGCUGCUAUCUUUGAUCACGUGGAGGCGCCACGCCAUCCAUGAGGUCCUUUUCGUGCUCGGCGACAACAUUGCCGCGCUACAGGACGCGAUUUCCUUGCGGGGGCGCGGGCAGAUGCUGAUGGUAGCUCGCGAGUUGGCAUGGAGAAGGGCCAAAUGGCCGUUAUUCUUCGAUUGUCACCACUUGCCAAAGGAGAGCAACGUCACGGCAGACGCCUUGAAUGCUGUCGGCGCGGACGUGGCCGACGUUCCGCCCCGAUUCACCAUCCACGGGCUUCGGCGGGACGCACUUGGCCGGUCCGAGUACCAGAGAGGUAGCCUGCCACACUUGGGGUCCGACUCCGAGCGGCACGCCGCACUGGAGGCGUUCGACCGCGACGUGCUCGCCAAGACCACUGCGGCCGCAGAGGCUUCGAGGCGGAAGACUUUGCUGGAAUGCGUGUCCCGUUGGAGCGUCGAGCUGCUCCCGCUGACCUGCUCCAGGAUCAGAAUGCUGGGGGCCACCUUGAAAGCGGGGCAGUACCGCUCCGCUGCGCAAUAUCUGUCUACGGCACGGAAGUGGCAUGAGCAACGCGAUUUCGUGAUAACGCCGAGCAUGCGUCUAGCUCUUCAGGAAGUCACGCGGUCUUGCGAGCGCGGGAUGGGCCCGUGUAAGAAGAUGGAAGGCUUACCAUUGGAAACACUCUGCCGCCUGACUCGGGACUGGGACCCGCAGGUGCCAGGCGGGCCUUGCCACCCACGGCGGGCUCUGGUGGUAGGGGCUUGGUGGCUCGCGAGGGAGAUCGAACUGUCUUCGGCACCGGCCGCCAUGGUCAUGUUCCGGGCGUCGGAUUCGGCAGGUUUGGUGGCUACGUGGACGCUGCCCGCAUCCAAGACGGACCCGCGUGCCCUUGGCAUGGAACGAACACGCGGGUGUUGCUGCAACCGCGGUGUUUUCGGUGCCGGCUGCCCCGCCCACUGCUUGUGGGAGCAGCGGGCAUGGCUCCGGGCAAUCCUCGCCGAAGUGCGGGGUCAACGGCGCACCGGGGGCCCUGCGCGCCUCGUGCCCCGUGGGUUCCCCGACCUCGAGGAGAGUGCGCGCAGCAUCGUCGCCCCCGCUGUGGAGGAGCUGAACAUCGUGGCGGGCCGGAUUGGCGACCUUUCCAUCGAUGUCCGGGAGUUGAAGCUUGCGCUAGCGGCAGAGGCGUCGCGGACUUCGGACUGCGUCGCGGGCGGCGCGGCCCAGUUGGACAGCGGGGCCGACGCCGCCGUCCGCAGCUCGGCUUCCGCACCAGUGGAACAAUUCAUCGUCAACACCAGUAGCGGGAUCAUACACGCCGCCUGGUUCUGUGGAGGCGAAGGCGCGUCGUUCUCCGGAGUGACACGGUGUCUCUGGAGAUUUGAUGCGCGCCGCGCGUCGAAGCUCGAGGCCCCGCCGCCGCCAUUGUACAAGGACCUGUGCGAACGGUGCUAUCCAGAGCUUCGGUGUCUUCACAAGCGCCGUCUCCGCGCGCAGGCCGACGCUUCCGAGGCUGGCGACGUGGAGAGCCAGGCUGCGGAGAGUUCGAUCGCCCAUUUGAGCCGGGUCAAGGAGGGCGAGGCCGGGGACGAGGCCGACGACGGCGACGACGACGACGACGGCGACAAUAAGGAUGACGACGACGACGACGACGACGAAGGGGCCGCCAUGAGCCUGGGCGCUCCCCAAUGA